AUGUCGGAGAUUUUGUGUGAAUGGCUGAACGAGGUGGUGAAGCUCUCCCGGAGCGUGGUUCCAGGAUCAUUAUCAGAAGAAUUUUCAACUGGCUAUCUCCUAGGAGAACUUCUGCACAAGUAUGAGCUUCAGGAUGACUUUAAUCAAUUUUCACAGAGCAGAGUUGCAAAUGCAAAACUUAACAAUUUUUCUCGUCUGGAGCCAACACUUCAACUCCUCGGUGUACAAUUUAAUGAAAAUGUAGCCCAAGACAUCAUGACAGGACAGCAUGGGGCGGCAACAAAGCUUUUAUAUCAAUUGUAUAUCGCUUUAGAAAAAAAGAAAAAGGCAAAGCUCACUGGAGGAGCCAUGGAAGCAAUGAGACCUUCAGGUCCUGCAAAACUCAAGUCUAUUGAAACUGUUUUAUAUCGAGAGCGUCUGAAAAAUUUAAUGCCUCGUCAAACUGAUUUGCAACUGCAGCAGGUUUCAGAGCAUUUUGAAAAGAAAUCUAAGGCAAUAGAAAACAAAAUAGCUCGUAUGCAUAUUGCAGAACAACAGAAAAUUCAAAAGCUUCAAGAGGAACAGAGAGCUCAAGACAUUGAAAAGCUUCGCAUGGAAAGGAGGAGACAAAAUGAAAUAAUGGCCAGGAUUCAAGCAGCCAUUAUACAGAUUCCAAAGCCGCCACCAACCCAUACCUUAAAAGCUAUUGAAGCCAAAAGAUUACUAAAGAAGAAAAAAGAAGCAGAGGACACAUACAAAGAAAUUAAAAAAUUUGAGAAGUCUAUGACGGAAAAUACCAUAUCAGCACUCAAGAUCCAAGUCACUGAUAGUGAUAUAGAAAAUCCAUUGCAAACACAGAAGCUGCGUACAACAACCCUAGAAACUACAGCACAGACUACUGAACUGUUAAAUAUUUAUUCAGAUGAUGAAUAUAUAAAGAAAAUUCAAAAGCGUAUGGAGGAAGAUACUUUUGCUAGAGAGCAACGAGAAAAGAGAUGGAGAAAAAUGUUAAUGGACCAGUUAAUAGCGCAUGAAGCACAAGAGGAGGCUUAUCGAGAGGAGCAACUUGUUUACAGAUUAAUGAGACAAUCYCAGCAGGAGCGGAGGAUUGCUGUUCAACUCAUGCAUGUUCGACAUGAAAAAGAGGUGUUACGACAAAACAGAAUUUUCAGAGAAAAACAAUAUGAAGAAAGACGACUGAAAGAGUUCCAGGAAGCUCUUGAUAGAGAAGCGGCUCUUGCGAAACAAGAAAAGAUUGAUUACGAGGAACAAAUUAUUAAAGAAAGAGAAYGUCAUGAGAAAAUUGCUGCUGAAAGAAUUCAGGCUCGUUAUAAGAAGCAUUAUUCUCUAUGUUGGGAAAUGAUCAAUCAAAUUAUUGAUUUGUCAACAAAAGUAGGGGAGUAUCGAAUGCUGACCAACAACAAAAUUCCAUUCAAACUGAUGUGUGACUGGAAAGAWUUUUUUUUAAAUGAGAAACCAAUAUAUGAUCAAGCUUCAAUUCAACCUAUGCCAGAAGAACCAAGCCCAGAACAACUUGUAGAGCUGGAUAAAAUGCAUCUGUUAGAUGAGAAAGAUUAUGGUGAAUACAAGAGCAUGACAGGGGAAUGGUGCCCACCUGAAGAGAACAGCGAAAUCAAACCUCCUCUUAAUAAUAACAUAUUGGGUCAUGUGCUUCAUAGACUGAUGGAGAUUUUCUAUCCUCCAAAACCCAAACCUUCACCACCUGUAUUUCCUCCAUUUCCUAUCAAGGGAUGUAUUCUGGGAAAAUUUCUUAGUGGAAAAACUACCUGUGUAAAGUUUCUUGAAAAAGUUUUCAAUAUUCAGGUACUAUCUGUUGAUACUCUUGUUCAAGAAGCCAUCCAAGCUUUUCUUAAAAAUGAAAUGAAAAGUCAAAACAGUUUUAUUUCACAGGAAGCACAGUGCUCUGAGAAAGAAAAUGGGGUCCAGAAGAACUUCUCUUUGGAAUCAUCACAGGAAGUUUUAGAGAGACUUGAAACAAUAUCUAUCAAUGAAACCAAAGAUAAUGAUCCUGUCAAAGCAGAUGAGUCUGGUCAAGAAAUUGUAUCAGGCAGUAGUCAGGAUGAGCAGUCCAAGCUAUCUGUACGUGCCCAACUUGGUGCUGCUUCACAGAAAUUUUUGAAGAAAGGAAAAAGUAUUCCUGAUGAAUUGCUAAUUGACAUCCUCUUGGAAGCCAUUAAAAAAACCCCACCAGAGAGGGGCUGGAUUGUGGAUGGAUUUCCAAUAACAGUAAAUCAGGCAAAGCUUCUUGAAAAAGCCUUUUCAGGGAUUGAUCCAGACAAAAGAGAUGACAAAGAUGACAACUCUGGGAAGCUCUUACUGGUUACGGAUCCCAGACACCCUAAAAAGCCAUUUGUUCCCUCACCCACAUUUGACUUCUGUAUAUUUUUGGAUAUAUCUGAUAUCACAGUACUGAAACGUAUGGCUAACUUGAAAUCAGAUAAAUCAAAGUCAUCGGAAAUCAAACAGGAGGACAUCAAUCAAGCUUCAGAUGUAAAAAUUCAAGAAGAGAAGAUGGACUUAGUCAGGGAACAGAUGCUACAUAGAAUUUCAGGAUUUCUAGAUACUUGGCCAGAAUUAGAGAAAUGGUUUUCAAUCCAUCAAAAUAUUCUAGUGAAAGUCAAUGCAGAAAUCGAAGAAAAUCUACUGUGUAAAACAAUAAAGGAAAUCCUCAUGGAAGAAAUUACCAAAAGAGAGAAUAGAAGUACUAAUUCUAAAGAAGGUACUAAUUCUGAAGAAAAACCAGCAGGAAGAAAGCUUUCACAACUUACAUCUGAAGAUAUUCCUCCUCCUAUUCCUGUGGUACCACCGCUCAUUAAACCAGGAUCAGAUGAGUGGGUGUAUGUAGAUGAACCACUCCCCAAGGAGAUACCUGAUUUUUUAGUACCUUACUGGGAAAUGGUAGAAAAUUCAUAUGUAAAUACCAUCAAAACUAUACUUAGAUGCUUAAGGGAUGAACAGCACUCUGCAAUUUAUUACUUAGCAGAUACUAGAAAACAUUUCCAGGAUUAUCUGAAACGUCCAGAUCUGAAGCAGACAUUUGUAGCUCAGUGGCAAUCAGAUUUUAAUUCACUUGCUGAUGACCUGUGGGAAGACGAGGAAACAAAAGCAGAACUACACCAAAGAGUUACUGACCUAAGAAAUCGUCUCUGGGAUAUCUGUGAUAACAGAAAGGAAGAAACUGAACAAGAACGUAGUGAUAUCAUGAAUGAUGGCUGGUUACCAGAUCAUAAGGGGAUUGCAAUGAACCAUUUUUUUUCUCUUAUGCAGGUUGAAGUGGAUCGUUUCCAGGAUACAAAGAGACUUCUUCAUGAUUAUUAUAGGGCAAUGGAAGGAAAAAUCCCAACAGAAGACAGACGAGAUUUUACUAGAAUUCCAUUGUUAGAUAUUACUGAUUUAGAGCAGAAAGAAGAUCAAGUCAAAUCAAGAAGGAUUCCUCUAGUUUCUCGUAAACCGCCUUCACCAGAUAUAAGUACUACCAAGCCAAAAAGCAAGGGAACUCCACUGAAGAGUGCUAAGGAUGAGGUCUCUUCUGAAAACAUUUUGGCCACUUCUGGGAAAGAUGAAAAACUCAUUACUGAUACAUGGCAAACAGCAGUAACAACAGUAGCAAGCAUGGUAUCAGCUGAAAUACAGGCUAAAGAAAUGGAGGAAGAAAAAGAACGUCAGCAACUAGAGCUGAAAGAAAGAGAACGUCUACAGUCUUCUCAGACAACAGCAGGCAAAACUGCUGGAAAAGAUGCCAAAGAUACCAAAAAGUUUUCUCCCAAAUCAGGUUCUAAAAAGAAAGGAGCACCUCCUCCUGUACCGGUGGUUGAAGUGACUGCUCCUCCUCUAACUGCAGAAGAAUUAAAGAAACAAGAAUUGAGACUUAAAAUAAAGCAGGAAUAUUUUAGUGCUCUUGAACAUGAAGAGGGAGCCACAAAGUCUCGACUAGAACUUAUAAAACAGAAAGCUUUAGCAUUUGUUGAAGAACUAACCAGGAAAGUAGAAGAAAUGUACAAAGAUAUGGAAACAUGGCUUGGAGCCAGAUUCCUGGCAGAAAUGUCUAGUGUUGAAAAGCUGAUUGAGGUUGCGCGGCAUCAUAUUGAAAGUUCUAGCAAAAUCCAAUAUGAAAUGAUUUUAGAGGAGACAGAUUUCUUCAUGAACCAUGAUAUAAAAGUAUUUCCUGAUCCGGUUCCUCCACCAAGACUUCCACCUGUAGAAAUUUCUGAAAAUGGUACUCUAACUAUUUCACAACUUACUACACUUCAUAAACAGUUUCUACAGAUAGCACCUAAAGCUGUAAGAGCACUGAAGCAAUUUAAAAGCAAGAGUAAUUCUUCUAGCAAGAAAGAAGUUGGUGACCAAGGGAAAGUCAAGAAGGAUAUGGAACAUCAGAGAACAAAGAGGAAUCUUCAGUUUUCAAAAAUAUGGCUAACAAAAUACUCCUGGUUAAAAUAUGAUGAUGAAAGGGGGAUAAUGUUCUGUGCAUUGUGUCGUAAACAUAAUGUGGAUUUGGGGGAAAACAUACAUAAUUUUUAUUCUGGCACUGAUGACUUCAAGCUUGAAUUUAUAAAUAUACACCAGAGCAGUGAAGCUCAUGCCUGGGCUACCUGCAUGGAAGCUGCCAGCACUGCUUCACCUGAUGUAGCUUCUGCUGAGCAAAUGUUGAAGAGUAUGAAUGCCAUAACAUUAGGAAGAGUAGAAAAUAUUUUUAGGACAUGCCAUGCUAUCGCUAAAUCUGGACGUCCCUUUACAGAUCUUGACUGGAUGUGCAAACUAGAUGACAUGAAGGGAGUGGAUAUCGGUUCUGUAUUUAGAAAUGACAAGUCAGCAAGGAUGUUUAUACAUUUUAUUGCUGAAGUAGAAAGAAGGGCUUUAAAAGAGAAAUUGGAGAAAUGUAGAUUCUUCUCUCUUAUUAGCGAUGGAGUCACAGACAGUAUAUUCAAAGCAGCUACUGUUGUUUAUGUACGUUUUGCAAAUGAAGGAAAAAUUCAUUGCCAGAUUGUUGGGGUUCAACCUGUUCAUAAAACUGAUGCUUCAAGCAUGAAAAAUGCUAUUGAGGAGACAUUACAAAUAAAUCUUCAGCUUAAUCUGGCGAGCCAAGACUGGUCAAGAAAACUUGUUGGAUUUGGAAGUGAUGGGACAGAUGUCAUGGUAGGAGAAAAGAAUGGUGUAGCUAAACUUCUGAGAAAAAUUCAGCCUUGUGUGCAGUCUGUACAUUGUUUUGCUCACCGACUUCAGCUGGCUUAUAAAGGAGCAUUGAAAAACGUUCAAUUGUAUAACAUCUUAAGCAGUGUCUUGAAAAAUAUGUAUCAUUUUUAUCAUAACUCACCUCUAAAUAAGAACAAUCUCAAAGCCACAUAUGAAGCCAUUAAUUUACGUCCAGCUAUUCCUUCUCGCAUUGGAGGCUCCCAAUGGCUCACUCGUCUGCAAACAGCACUCCAAAUUCUCCUUAAAGGUUAUCCUGCAAUUGUUCUACACCUAAGUAAGAUUGAAAGAGAUCCAAGAGCCUCAAAUCAGCAAAAAGUCAAAGGCCUUUUACAGGUCCUUCUGAAAAUGGAGAUAGUCAAAUUCUCUCACUUUCUGUUGGAUGUCAUUAAUGUCCUCAACAUCCUGUUACGAGUUACUCUGGAUCACACCUCCUCCAUUGCAGAUAUAUUUGCAACUGUGCAGUCAACCCUGGAAACACUUUGCAUGUAUAAAACAAGAGCUGGUCCAAAGGAACGCUUGAUGGAGACUAUUCCACACUUUCAUGGUUAUCAGCUUACUGGAAAUGGAAAUAUUUUAUCAGUACGAACUAAAGUCCUAAAUAAUUUGAUGAAAAAGUUGCGUGACUGUUUUUGUGAUGCAAGUCAAGAAGUUUUGAGAGCAACUACUAUUGGAAGUUUUAAACAAUGGCCUGACAAAAUUGAACAAGAAUUUGGUGAAAAGGAAGUGUCUAUCUUGACUAAACAUUAUGAAGUCAUACUAGAAGCUGCCUCUGUGAAAAUUGAUGAAGUUGAAACUGAGUGGAGCAUGUUGAAAUUAGAGCUAUAUAACAGAUUUCRGAACAUCCAGUCCUUGACAUGGGAUUCAGUGAAUUCAGAUUAUUCAAUGAAGUAUCCCAACAUCCUGAGAUUGGUAGAUUUGAUCCUAACACUACCUGCAAGUUCAGCUGAAACAGAGCGAGGCUUCAGUCAAAUGAAACUUAUCAUGAUGCAUCUGCAAUCUAAACUCAUGUCUGAAAGUGUGACAGAUCUUAUGAUAAUUCAGAUGAACUCUCCGGAUAUCAAAAGAUUUGAUCCCAAGAAAGCUAUUCACCUGUGGAAUACUACCUGGCAGAGAAAGAGAAGACUACAGGCAGAUGAUAAGAUAAUACAUGGAAAAUCAGAUUGCUCCUCUGAAUAUGAUUUGGAGAGUCACUAUGGAUUUGAUUAGAUGAAAAUUCUUAGUUUUUACUUCACAAUCAUUCCUGUAACAUAUAUGAAUUUUUUAAAAGGAUGUCUUGCAAGAUUAGCAGGAGUAAAAAGACGUCUUUUUGUGUGUCUGCAUAUUCACUGCUGAAUCAUUACCUGUUUACAUUUGCUCUUAUACGCCCAAUUUCUCCAAAAGACACAAAUCAGAAGACAAUGCACAAAAAUAAUGGAGUACAGUGUGACCUUGCUGGCACUUGGACAGAUAGAUGACUCAUAACUUCUGAUUGUUUUUUYGCUCUUCUCUGAGUCAUAAUACAUUAUAUCCACUGGAGCUAACUGUUUUCUUAGUGUCAAUCUUUCACUGAUCUUGAAAACCCAGGUUUUAUUUUGGAAAAAUGGGUAGAAGAUUAGCCCAUUAUUUCUGUCAAAUGACUCUUUGACCUCUGCAGCCUUUGAGUUUUCGGUCAUGGCUUCUCUCCUUAUUUGUAUGUCUUGCUACUUUUUAUUCUAUUGUGGGCAAGGUUUAACAUG